UUGUCAAUAAGCACUGCACCGGGUUUGCAUUCCUUUUCCUAUAGAAAGAUAGCUAGCAGCUAGCAACACCAACAACCAUGGCCUCCAUUCUUGAAGCUUGUACUCUUAUGUUUCUCACUUUUACAAUGACGUUGUUCUCGUUCAUGGGACAGCCAGCACUAGCUGUGGUAUUUCGACCCAGUAAAUGGGCUCUUGCUCAUGCUACCUUUUAUGGUGAUGAGACUGCUUCUGAAACCAUGGGAGGAGCAUGUGGGUACGGGAAUUUGUUUCAGAGCGGUUACGGGACAGAUACAGUGGCUUUAAGCUCGACGCUAUUUAACAAUGGUUAUGCGUGUGGGACUUGUUACCAGAUAAAAUGUUACCAGUCCAGUGCAUGCUAUAAAAACGUGGCCUUCACCACUGUCACCGCCACCAAUCUCUGCCCUCCUAAUUGGUCCAAGCCCUCAGAUAACGGCGGCUGGUGCAACCCUCCCCGAGCGCAUUUCGACAUGUCCAAGCCCGCCUUCAUGAAAAUCGCUCAGUGGAAAGCCGGCAUUGUCCCUGUCCUGUUCCGCAGAGUGCCGUGCCAAAGUAAGGGAGGGGUUCGAUUCUCGUUCCAAGGAAACGGUUAUUGGCUAUUGGUGUAUGUGAUGAACGUGGGCGGUGGAGGAGACAUUUCAAGAAUGUGGGUGAAAGGAAGCAGAACAGGAUGGAUUAGCAUGAGCCAUAAUUGGGGUGCUUCGUACCAAGCAUUUGCAACACUGGGGGGCCAAGCUCUUUCUUUUAAGAUCACUUCGUACACCACCGGAGAGACUAUUUAUGCAUGGAAUGUUAUUCCUUCCAAUUGGCAUCUGGGACAAACUUAUUCCACCAGUGUCAACUUCCACUGAUAUCAUCAUGUCAACAACCUUUAAUUACUGCUGGCUACUAUUUUGAUCUUCGUUGUCUUUUGUGAACUGGAAGUACACUUGUUUUUAAUUACCUUAUUUUAUAAGUAUUGCAACCGCUGCAAAAUGAAAUUUCUACAAGUUGCAGCAGGUGUUUAUAUAAAGCUAGAUUCAAUGAAUAACUUGCCAUUUUUUGUUAUUUGGCAAGCUUAAACAUACCCACUUGAGUUCAUCUUUUCACACAUUGCAGGAGGUUUUUUGCAUUAAGUUGCAGUUAAAAAAUAAUACUAGUAUGUUUCAUGUGGAGUUUGCUGUGUAUUAAUAAAUAUUUGACAAUUAUAAUAAUGAGUAGCUUACUUUUU